CAAACCCUAGAAUCACCGUCAGUUUUUAAACGAAUGGAGCAGCUCGCCACCACCUGGUCCAGUCCUCCCAAGCUCCACCACCGCUUUGCUUCCAAUGCAAGCCUCCAGAACCGACGCUCCGAUCGCCCGCUGCUAGGGUUUCGGAGACGCGCUGCUCCGGUCAAGGCCAGCGACGGAGGAGGAGGAGGAGCGGCCGGGACGACGACGACGACGACUGAGGCCCCGGCGGUCGAGCGGAGGCCGAAACUGCGUCGCUUUCAUGUCUCCGAAGGUCGUCCUAGUCCCUUUGGCGCCACGCCGCGCGACGGCGGCGUUAACUUCGCCGUAUACGCCGGCAAUGCUGUCUCCGCCACUCUCUGUUUGAUCACUCCCGCCGAUUUAGAGCAGGAUAAAGUAACUGAGCAGAUACCUUUGGAUGCCGUGAACAACAAGACUGGAAAUGUGUGGCAUGUUUUUAUAUCUGGAGAUGUCAAAGAUAUUCUAUACGGAUAUAAAUUCGACGGCAAGUUUUCUCCAGAGGAGGGGCAUUACUAUGAUGCUUCCAAGAUUGUAUUGGAUCCUUAUGCCAAGGCAGUUAUACGCAGAGGUGAAUUUGGGAGUAUAGGUUCCGAUGGUAAUUGCUGGCCUCAAAUGGCCUGCAUUGUACCGUCUUUUGAUGAUAAGUUCAACUGGGAAGGAGACUUACCUCUGCAUUAUCCAGAAAAAGAUCUUAUCAUAUAUGAAAUGCAUGUGCGAGGUUUUACAAGGCAUGAAUCGAGCAUGACUGAACUGCCUGGUACAUACCUUGGUUUGGUGGAGAAGCUUGAUCACUUAAAGGAACUUGGGAUCAACUGUAUUGAGUUAAUGCCAUGUCAUGAGUUCAAUGAACUGGAGUACUUUGGUUACAAUUCUGUCUUGGGUGACUACAAGUUAAAUUAUUGGGGAUAUUCGACUAUCAAUUUUUUUUCACCAAUGAUAAGAUAUUCAUCUGCCGGCACACGUAAUUGUGGCCGUGAUGCAAUAAAUGAAGUCAAGUUUCUUGUAAAAGAAGCUCAUAGACGUGGAAUUGAGGUGAUCAUGGAUGUUGUUUUCAAUCACACAGCUGAAGGGAAUGAAAAAGGUCCCAUUUUAUCUUUUAGAGGUGCUGACAACAGUGUCUAUUACAUGCUCGCACCUAAGGGAGAAUUUUAUAAUUAUUCAGGGUGCGGUAACACAUUCAAUUGCAACCAUCCUGUUGUACGACAAUUCAUAGUAGAUUGCUUGAGAUAUUGGGUAACCGAGAUGCACGUGGAUGGGUUCCGCUUUGAUCUUGCUUCAAUUAUGACCAGGGGUACCAGUCUCUGGGAUUCAAGUAAUGUAUACGGGAGUCUGAUAGAAGGUGACUUGUUGACAACUGGAACCCCUCUUCCUAGCCCUCCAUUGAUCAACAUGAUCAGUAAUGACCCAAUACUUCAUGGAGUGAAGCUGAUAGCUGAAGCUUGGGAUGCAGGAGGGUUGUACCAACUUGGCAUGUUUCCUCACUGGGGUAAUUGGUCAGAAUGGAAUGGGAAGUAUCGUGACACAGUGCGGCAGUUUAUCAAGGGUACAGAUGGCUUUUCUGGGGCUUUGGCCGAAUGCCUUUGUGGGAGCCCUAAUUUGUACCAGAAAGGAGGAGGGAGACCAUGGAACAGUGUCAAUUUUAUUUGUUCACAUGAUGGUUUUACUUUAGCUGAUUUAGUUACCUAUAACAACAAACAUAAUUUGGCGAAUGGAGAAGACAACAAAGACGGAGAGAAUCAUAAUAAUAGCUGGAACUGUGGACAGGAGGGUGAAUUCGCAAGCAUUUCGGUGAGGAAACUGAGGAAACGACAAAUGCGGAAUUUUUUUGUCUGCCUCAUGGUUUCCCAAGGUGUUCCAAUGAUAUAUAUGGGCGAUGAAUACGGUCAUACAAAAGGGGGUAACAACAACACAUAUUGCCAUGAUAAUUAUAUUAAUUAUUUCCGGUGGGAUAAGAAGGAAGAGUCUUCAUCGGAUUUUUUCAGAUUUUGCUGUCUUAUGACCAAAUUCCGCCAGGAAUGUGAGUCACUUGGUUUGAAUGACUUCCCAACAGCAGGGAGGCUGCAGUGGCAUGGUCUUGCUCCUGGAGUGCCAGACUGGUCAGAAACAAGCCGCUUUGUAGCCUUUACUCUGGUUGACUCGGUGAAAAGAGAGCUCUACAUCGCCUUUAAUGCCAGUCAUUUACCAAUGAAUGUUUCACUGCCAGAGAGGCCUGGAUACAGAUGGGAACCCUUGGUAGACACCAGCAAGCCUCCACCCUUUGACUUCCUAUCUAGUGACGUCCCCCAAAGAGAUAUUGCAGUAAAACAGUAUGCUCACUUUCUUGAUGCCAAUCUUUAUCCAAUGCUAAGUUAUUCUUCAAUCAUCCUUUUGCUCGCUGCAGUCGAAGAUGCUUAGCGAUGCCAACGUGUGGCUCAAAGUACCGAGUGUCUGAUAUUGCCGCAAAAUAUAUUACCUCACCCCUCUAAAAUUUACAUAGAGGCAGUACAUAAUAGAGUUGCAGGUAACAGAUGUUAUGGAAAUAGGUCACACCAUUGUUGAAAAUGGAAAUCAUCUUCGGGUUCUGGACUCUAGAACAAUAAAGAUGAAUAAAUCUUCUUGUUCACGCCUUGUAAA